GCCCAGGGAAGAAGAAAGAGAAAAGAAGAGGAGGAGAAACGAGAAAAGACAGAGGUAGCAGCGUUCUUCUUUCUCCUCUCCUCUCCUGCAGCGUGUCAGCGGAGAAGAAGAAGAAGAAGACUAUCCAUCCAUCCAUCUGUGUGUUGAUGUUUCUGUCAUUGGAUGAGCGGGUGAAGGGGCACCGGGAGACGUGAUGAGCGGGUGAAGGGGGCAGACAAGAAGAAGCAGCCUGGAUGUGAUUCUGUCAUGUCACUAUGUUUGGACCUGGACUGAUCACAGGAGAACAAGUCUCAUGACACUCUCGGAUAAACAAGCAUCGGAUUGAAAUUUGCAAGAAGACCAAAAAGGAGCUUGCCUUUUUUUUUUUUUUUCCAAGAGAAGAAGUGGACUUUCUGUUUGUGUAACCAGUGGAGGGCCGAGGAGUGGAGGGCCAGGGGACUAACCUGGCCAUCAAACGGACUGGAAGCCUCUCCUCUCCUGGGAUCAUGUACCCUCAGGGCAGGCAUCCGGUCCCCUUGCAACCUGGCCAGUCUUUCAAGUUCACCGUCCUGGAAACUCUGGACCGGAUCAAGGAGGAGUUCCAGUUCCUCCAGGCUCAGUAUCACAGCCUGAAGCUGGAGUGUGAGAAGCUGGCCAGCGAGAAGACGGAGAUGCAGCGACACUACAUCAUGUACUAUGAAAUGUCCUACGGUCUCAACAUCGAGAUGCACAAGCAGGCAGAGAUCGUCAAGCGUCUCAGUGCCAUCUGCGCUCAGAUCAUCCCUUUCCUCUCUCAAGAGCACCAGCAACAGGUGGUGCAAGCAGUGGAGCGGGCCAAGCAGGUGACCAUGGCAGAAUUGAACGCCAUCAUUGGGGUGAGUCACCUCCUCACACAUCAGCUCACUUGCAGCAACAUGUUGAUUGACACAUACUAUAUGUAUCAUUUACUAAUAUAUAUUGAUUGACACAUAUGUCAUUGAUUAUACACAACUAUCAUUUACU